AAAAAUCUGCAGGAUGGAGAACAGAAGAAACUAGACAGCUGCUACUAUAUAUAGCGGUUGAAUGUUUUGAUGGAAGCAUAGUUCAAAUCAACUCAGCUUUUGGAAACAAGCAUAAAACAAUCAUCAAAAAUGAAAUUCUUCAUCGUUGUGCUGGCUUUGUUCGCCGUGGCUGCCGCAAGGCCUCAGGAGGACAAGUACACCACCAAGUACGACAGCAUCGAUAUUGAUGAGAUCCUGAAGUCGGACCGUUUGUUCAAGAACUACUUCAACUGCCUGAUGGACACUGGAGCUUGCACUCCGGAAGGUAACGAACUGAAGCGCGUCCUGCCCGAUUCCCUGGAGAACAACUGCUCCAAGUGUAGCGAGAAGCAGCAAACAUCUAGCACCAAGAUCAUCAAAUUCCUGACCGAGAACAAGCCAGAGGAAUGGACCAUGCUGAAGGCCAAGUACGACCCCGAUAACAAGUACGUCCAGAAAUAUGUGGCUGAUGCCGACAAGGAUGGAAUCAAAUUGUAAAUUAGUUGAUCUAGUCCGUUUCCGUUCUAAACCGUUGAAAUAAACUCCUUAUAAACUCUGAA